GAAGCACAGGCCUCCCACUACAAGUAUGUUGGUGAUAGUAGCACUAUUGUUACAACAAAAGGACACUGCGCAUGCGUACAGUUAAGAUUUCCAAAAUGGCGGACGACAGAGAAAAUCUUACACCCGAGGAACUGGUGCGCAUUCUUAACGUUAUUCCUGAGAGAAAAGCCAAAGUUGAUGCCUUGUUUGCACAUGGAGCAAGUAACAAACCCAACAAGGUUAGAGGAAGAAAAGAGCAAGAAAGAGAAAGAAGGUGCUGUUUAUUGUAUUUGCCGCCAAUCAAACACAGAUCGCUUUAUGAUAGGAUGUGAUAACUGUGAUGAGUGGUUUCAUGGUGAUUGUAUUGGAAUCCUUCAAGGGGAUGCUCAAAUGAUCAGAAAGUUCUACUGUAAACCUUGCUUAGAGUGUAAUCCAGAGUUGUCUAUCAAGUACAAGAAGAAGAAAAUCAAGCCCCAAGAGGGGCAUGGUGAUGAGUAUAAACCAGUUCAGCCUCAGGAACACAGGCCGCAAUAUGAAGCAGAAGAAAACAAGAGAGGAAGCAACAAAGUGAGGUCAUCUAGAAAGUGUGGCGUUUGCAUUGCAUGCGUUACAACCGUUGAUUGUGGUGUAUGUGACUUCUGCAAGGAUAUGCGCAAGUUUGGUGGUCCCAACAAGAUGCGACAGAAGUGUCGGCAACGCCAGUGUCUGAAGAUGUCAAGGAUGUUGCUUAGAGGUACUAAAGGGAACAGAGAAAGGGGGACAAAGUGGCCUAAAGAUGACAGCUUUGUAAAACCAAGACAUAUGGAUUCCCAUGAAAAACGACAGAAAAAGGCUGUGAAGAUGAAACAUGCUACAUCAUCUGGAAGGAAGGAAAAAAUCAAACCAGCAUCACAUGACCGUCCCAGGCGCCGUCGUCGUAUGGGCUCUGAUGACAAAAAGUGUGGAGCUGAGCAGGCAUUGGACUGGGUCGAUGACAGCCCUCGUCAUUGCUAUGGCCCUGGGUGCCAACAUGCCGCAAGGUUUGGGUCAAAAUACUGCAGUGAUGAAUGUGGCAUUCAGCUGGCUGUCAGGAGGAUUCAGGAGAUUUUACCCAAGCGCAUGAAGCAGUGGAAUAGAGAACCCUGUGAGGCUGAUGAAAGGGCAAAUGAGGCAUUGCAGAAAGUACUGAAGAAGAAACAGGAAGCACAGGACAUGUUGCUUGAGUUAGACCGCAUGAGUCAAGCCUUGGAAUCCAUCAUACAGAAAGGGGAAAAACUAACAGCUAUACCAGAAGAGAGCCAAGAGGCUGAUAUGGACACAGAUACUGACUUGCAGAUUCAUUGUGUCACCUGCGGGUUAUUACUUGCUCCUAGAGUUGCCCUCAGACACAUGGAGAAAUGCUACAUGAAGAAUGAAAGCUUGACGAUGUUUGGCUCUGCAUAUAAAAGUGCCGGCACCCUGUUCUGUGAUUAUUUCAACGCUCAACAAGGCAUCUACUGCAAGCGCCUCAGAGUGCUGUGCCCAGAACACACUAAGGAACCAAAAAUCCCGCAGACUGCUGUUUGCGGCUGUCCACUUGUUACCAACGUAUUCGAGGAGACGGAUAAGAUCUGCUCUGCCCCUAAGAGGACGUGCAUGAAGCACUAUCGCUGGGACAAGCUUCGAAGAGCCGAGAUCGACUUGCAACGAGUUCAGCAGUGGAUAAAGCUAGAGGAAGCGUUUGAACAGGAGCGAGCGAUAACUCACACAUCGGCCCAACGUGGAGGAGUACUGGGGCUCCUCCUUCAUCAAACUAUCUCUCCAGACUGGAAGGAGGAAGAGGAGGAGGACGAAGCCGAGCGAGAAUCAAUGGACAACACGAACACUGAGGGGGAGGAGGAGGAGGGCAUGGAGAGACUGUCAGACUUACCGGGGGAGGGUACCGACGUUGGGGAUCAUGGUGAUAGUGAGCAUGAUGGAAGUUAUGAUGAUGAUAAUGAUUCCGGGAUGUCUGAUGAUCAAGAUGUCUUUAUGGCGGGUAGCAUGGGACGUAAUAUGUUGGCGCUUAUUGACCAAGAGAAGUGAUGGCCAGCACGAAGUUGACAUGGUAACGUUGGUGUUUCCAUUCCCUGCUAACAGAGAUCCUUUUUUGUGUGUAAGCAGACUUUUGUUAGCAGAGAAAUGCUUCUAGUUAGCUGAAGAUUUUUUUCAAAAUGUUGUAUAGAUUUUUCCAUAAAAAAUGUAUAUAAUGUAAAUAACAUGGUUUGCAAAAGAUAUUUAAUAAAAUCAUUACAAUAAUUUAAA